UUUGUGGAAGGCACUUAAUAAACAGGCAGUUCAUCAUUUAUCUUGUUUAUUGUCAAUCAGCUGCAGCUUUUAUUAGCUUUUGCUGCAGAAUCACAAGAUAUUAAUAAAAGUUUCAUAAAUACAUUUUUGAAUGUCCAUCAGCAGCUCAUUCAAGAUGGCCACAGAUAAUGAGCAUAAGUCACACACCCACCUACGUUAGUGGGUCCCCUUCUGCCAAGAAAAUGAAUGGGAGUCUAUGAGAGGAUUAAAGUUAUUUUUGAUCUCGUUUGACAUGUGCCAUGGAUUUUGCAUAUGAUGUCCAUUGAAUUUUGAAGACACAUUUUGGUCCAAGAAUUUGCUUGCUGUUGACAGGUGGCGAAAGUUAUUUUAGGUUUUGUGUGAAAAGACGUAGAGCACUCCACCUGAUCAUCUCACCAAAUUGACACAGAGAAGAGAAGUAAGAUGGCUGUGAGUUUAGCGAGUUUCACAUCCUUCUUCCAGGACGACAGAAGGAACGUUAAACUGUUAAAAUGAACAAAGCUUACCUAAACGUGGAGAGAAACCACUAUAAAUCUGGUCAUGAGAAACAUGGCGUCCGCAGUGGCCAGGCAUCUGGUGGCUUGUCCUUUCAACAUUUCUGAAGCUCGUAGGAGACACCUGGUAGAGACGGUAGCCACAGCAGCUUUAUCCACCUCUGAAGGUGGUAAAUGGGAGGAAACUACAGUGCUGAACAUCUUUAAUGACUUUGAGUACAAUCGCUCUGUCAUCACUAUCGUGGCCACCAUUGACUCCAUCAGAGAAGCGGUUCUGUCUGCGAGCCAGAAGGCUUGUGAGCUGAUCGACAUGCACACACACACAGGGGUCCACCCGUGUAUGGGAGCCGUCGACCUCAUACCCAUCUAUCCCCUGGGGGAGGAAGUGGGAAUGGAGGACUGUGCUCGGGAGGCUCGGGCUGUGGCUCAAGGACUCACAGAGAGGGUCCGGGGCUCCAGCGCCUUCCUGUUCGGCUGGGCAGACUCCCCCUCACAGCGAGGGCUGGCUCAGAGGAGGAAGGAGAUGGGUUGGUUCAAAAAAACACCUGACCUGCUGGCGGUCAGACCUGACUUUGGGCCACAGCCUCAGAAACGAUACGGCCUUACAGGUGUCGGAGCCAGCCCAUACGUCAUGAACUGUAACGUCACCAUCGACACCCAGGACAUCAGGAUCGGCCGCAGCGUCGCCAUGGCCAUCAGGGAGUCCACCCCCGGGGGCAUUCCUGGACUCCAGGUGCUGGCUCUGCCACACGAGGGCGCUGUUGAAAUUGCUUGUAAUGUAGAAAGUGUGACAGACCCCCCGCCUGGUCACCUGACAGACCAACCGUGGCCUUCUUUCAGUGUCGAUGGUCAGCCGUACUUCCACGCUUCUGCGUCCCUCAUCACCACCAGGGUGGCGGAGCUGGCAGGGAGGUGGGGGGUUGGCCUGAAGGGGACUGCCUUGGUAGGGUUUAGCCCCCAUGAGUGCAGGGGUGUGGCAGAGUUUGCGUUGUCUCGAGGGAUUGGUGAGUUCUGGAAAGAGCAGCACAGAAUUCGAAUGUGAAACAAAACAAACAUCACGGUUUGUGCUGAAAGAAGAAGUCGUUUAACCGAAUCUUCAACUUUUUAUCAAACAUUUUUAAAUCUUUGAGAGUUUUUUCAGUCUCAGCUACAUUCUGUGAUUUUGUCAAAUCCAGAUCUGCGACUUUUAAAAACUAUUUCUAAAAAUCAAUGCCGAUUCAUUCUGCUGCUCCGCCGUCAAACCAUAAAGUUUCAGGAAAGGUGAAAAACAUUUCCGUUUUCUUUGGAUGCAGAAAGUUUGGAACAUUAAUGAAAUAAAAUCUUGACAAACUUACAGAGAACCUGGGAAUAUUUUAUCAUUUUAAUGUGAAUGGUACAAAGUCAAACUGCAAACAUUAUUUGAAUCAGACAUAAAACCUGGACCUCUGUCUUUAUCAUAUUAAAGUUUUUUCUGGAACAAAUGUAAAAGUUUAUAUUUCUUCUUUAAUAACGAAGCAGCGGACCGACGCCUGCCUCUGAGAGGAUUUUCAUGCUGUUAAUACAACAGGUCUCACUUCCUGUUUUGGAGUAAAUCAGAAUUUUGCCUCAAGCUCACCUGGGAGGGAGAAACGACUAUUUUUAUCUCAGCUUCUGGGCCAAACAUCAGAGCCAUCAUGAGGCUGCAGUCAGAUGGUUUUAAAUAGCUGAUUAUUAUAUUUAUAUUACAGUAAUAAAAAUAAACAAAAUGACAGAAUAUCUGUGUGAUGAACUGGGUUCAGCUGAGGAGACCUUUUAAAGGUCUGAUCUGUCCUCCCCAUGUUAACACGUGCCUGUAUGUGUCACGGUCUGCGUCUGCCUCUUCCUUCAUGUGUCUCCUGGUGUUCGCCAUCCUCUCUAGAUUCCCUUCUGUGUCUCAUAGCACCCUCAUGUGUCCUUUGUCUGCAUCUCAGUUAUGUGUCUUAUGUUUGUAGCCCUUUAAAGUCUAUUCCUCCCAGGUCCUGUGUCAUUCAUUCAUCCCCAGCCCUCCAGGUCUUCCUUCAUGUUCUGUAGCUCCAGCCUCUUUGUCCCCAGCUCGGUGUGUGUGUGCCAUUCCCCUGCUCAGUGUAUGUGUGUGUUUGUGUGUGUCAGUAUGUGUAUUUGUGUGUGUGUGUGAGUCCUUCCCUCAGUCUUACCCCGGCUUUCCACGGGAGCCGUCAGCAGCACGUUACUGCAGCAGCACGUUACUGCAGCAGCACGUCAUAGCUGCUGAUAGGAACCGCUGUGGUCAACCGAACCUUUUCCACCGGAGCCGUCAGCAGAGCGAGUCGGCCGCGUCUCAGGAGCAGCAUGUCGCGGCCUUUACGCGCCGGUUCUAUUUUCUACGCGCGACGCCUCUGAAACGGGUCAAGUUCAACAUUUUUGGGGAAGGAAAGACAGGAAAUUGGACGCGGAAAUGGAGAAGCUCCGGAGAUUUUCAGAAUAAAGAACGUACUGCCUUCCGGUUGCUUUACUUUUAAAAAGGUUACUAACUGUGCGUCCCCGUGAGAAGUUAUCACCUAGCUAGCGGUCUCCUUUGUUUUUCAGGUCCGUAUUGGCGAUUAUAAAACGGACAGAACAUAAAACACAAACCAUGUUGUAGUUUUCUCCUGCUUGGUGUUGUGUUUACUGACGAAGUCACUCGUGUGACUUCGUGCUCGGUCGGUGACAGCUGCUCCCCUGCUGCUUCGCGUCUCGUGGGAAGGGCCAAGCAGCAGCUCACACGAGCAAGACGUGCUGCUGCAGUAACGUGCUGCUGACGGCUCCCGUGGAAACCCGGGGUCAGGUUUAGUUUUAGGUUUAAGUUUAUCUGCCCUUCACUGGUUCUGUUUCCCCAUUUAGGUCAUUUGUGUCACCUGCCUUCCCUCCAGCCCUCACUCCACACACCUGCUUCCUGUUUCCUUAAUUGUUCUCCCUGUGUAUUUAAGCCCUGUCUUGUCUCUGUUUGGUGUCGGUCCAUUCUUUGUAAUUCUGUCAGUCUCAUCUCGCUUUGGAUUAUUAGAGUUUUUGGAUUUCCAGAUCGUUACCUGGAUUUUGGCCUCCCACCUUUGGAUUUACUUUUGUUUUUGUUUCACCUUAAAAUAAAGGAAGUUUAUUUAUUCAA